AUGUCCGAAACCACCCCCCACAGUCCCCAGGCCAGCGAGUUUUUUUUCACCAAUUCUGAGUUCAACGUGGUGAUUUGCCACCAGUGUGAGCAUGCCGUACGACGGGAUAAUAUUACCACCCAUUUAACCGGCACCAAUCAUCGGGUACCCCGUACAACCGCACGGUAUAUCGAGCAAUGUGUCCAGCAGUGGGACCAUAUUGAGGACCAGCCCGAUAUCAGCCAUUGGCCCACCCAGGUUGAUAGCCCGAUUCCCGGAUUAACCAUAUUUGAAGAUGGUUUAUUAUGUUCACGUUGUACAGUAUAUAUUUGCCGCGAUUUAAAGUCCAUGAAAAACCAUUGGUCCGAACAGCACCAGUGGUCCCCCAGUAGCCACCGUGGUCGACCGAAACCGUCCGAGAUCGCGCAGAUCCAGGCCGAGAUCCACGCCAAUAGCCAGGCCGUGAGAUGCCAGCGGAUUUUCAAGCGGCAAUUAGGGUCGCAUUUUAUCCAGAUCCGCCAGCCCGUUCCACAGCGGGCCGAACCGGUGCCACCCGUGGAUGCCAUCCACCAGUUGGUCCAGCGCGUCCGAGCAUUCCAGGCCCAGCAGGCCCGCAGCCAGCAGACCGUGAUCCAGGCCGGGGAGAUCGACGAAGCCACGCCGUGGUUAAACCGUACGGGGUGGGUCCGGUAUUUACAGGGCAUUUCGUCCGCCCCGUUAGUGCAGUCCAUGGAGCGGCCGGACGAGGAUGCCGAGGGCCCCGAGGGUGCGGCAUGGGCCAUUUGGCAGGCCAUGGAGCGAUUGGCCAUGGUCAGCCAGCAGAUCACCCGGGCGAGUGGGUUUUUGGUGCGGAUUGAGGCCGCCCGCACGCAGAAGGCCGAUUCCCCGUACGAGCCGUUGUUGGCGUAUAUGAAAGAAGCGGAGAUCAAGGACCAUAUUGAGCCGUGGCAGCGGAUAUUGAUGUUUUUCACCCGCACCCAGCAGCCGCACGAUUGGGAGAGUCCCCCGUACGAGUUCACCCCCGCACAGCAGCGGUCGUGGGAGAUCGUAUGGCGGCGUGCGCAGGCCGCGGGCCGGUCCAGCCCGGACCCCAUGGACCCCGAGCCGUACGAGUUAUCGCCGUUGGAGUGCGCGAUUAUGGAUUUUUGCAUCAAUUUGUUACGCCAGCGGAUCCGGCACCACGAGUAUGGGUGUGCGUUUAUAUGCGCAUCGGCCGUGUUGGGCCGGAAGUUGUCCGGAUGGGAUGGGGUGGAGGAUUACCCCCCCAAGAUAUCCAGUUUGAUCAAGAUCGCCCGUUUUUUGGUAUUGCAUAAGGCGUUGCGGUUAGACCCCGAUUCGUUGGCCAUCCGGCGUGGGUUCGCGCAGGGCAGCCAGGAGCCCCAUUUCCGUGGUGACGAUAUCCCCGUCGCGGACGGAUAUAUAUUUGACGGGGACGAGGGUUAUGCCAGCAGCCCCGUCCGAGAGACGCCCACCCCCCGUCCCAUGCCCGGAUCCCCCACCACGUCCAUUUUGGGACCCCCCACCCAGAUCCAGGGUCGUCGGGUGAUUCGUACGUUUCCCGAGUGGUUACGAUUGAUGGUGGAUGCGUUUAUGGUGCGUGGGACCCACGGGCCGGUCCAGUGGUUAUUGGAUUUACGCACGUACGGAAAGAAGGUGUUUUUCAACACCCCGUCCGAGGGGCAUAUCGGAUGGAAAGGCGAGGAUGAGUUGUUGUAUAAGCAGUUGCAUUUUACCAUGGGUGAUUUCCGUGGGAUGGUCCACGGGUUGGUCGAGAGCAUGCGGAACCAGUUUCACCAGCAGUUGAUAUUCGCCGAGGGUGCACAGAUCCCCAGUAUUGAUUUACAGGAUAUAUACGACGAUCCCACGCAGCGGACGGCGGAUUGGAGUUUUAUCAAGGAUUCCCGUACGCAGUGGCCCGUCCACGGGGCCGAGUGGUUGAUCCAGCGGGUGGCCCAGGAGCCCACGUUCCGGCGGCGAUUCAGCGAGCCGGACGGCCAGGGGUUCCGGAUGCGUGCAAUUGACCGGUAUUUUGCCGAGGUGGCCCGGUUCCGCGAGCGGUUAAGCGUGGCGAUCCAUAUCACGGCCGGCCAGCCCAGCCGUACGCCCGAGUUGUUGAGUAUCCGGUACCGGAACAGCGAGCGAGAGAUCCGCAACGUGUUUAUCGAAGAUGGGAUGGUGGUAUUUGUCAGCCGAUAUCACAAAGGGUUCCAUAUCACCAACGAUACCAAGGUGAUUCAGCGGUAUUUGCCGCAGGAGGUUGGGGAGUUGGUCGUCCGAUAUAUAUGGUUGGUGUUGCCGUUUGUGGAGAUAUUGCAAGCAUAUCAGUGGCAGCAGCGAGGCACCCCCACCCCCCGCCGACAAGAGUAUUUAUGGGGCCCCGACGCCGGCAGCGAGAAGGCGUGGACGGGCGUACGAUUCCGGAAGGCGUUGGAAUCGGCCACGGCCGCGGGGUUGCACGGGCAGGCGGUCCACGUGUCGGCAUACCGCGACAUCGCCAUCGCGAUCAGCCGGCGGUAUUUACGGGGCAAGAGCCAGUUUGAGAGUAACGUGCAGGAGGGCACGGGCGAGGCGGCCCCCCCGUACGACCCCGACGACGAGGGUGGGAUGGACGAGGAGGAGUUUAUGGGGCAUAUUGCGGAUUUGCAAGCCACCCAUUCGUCCCACGUGGCCGGGAUGAUGUACGGUCGUACGAUCAUGGAGCCCACCAACAGCACCACGCACCGGCGGCAGCGGUUCCGGCAGUCCAGCCAGGAUUGGCAUCAAUUUUUAGGGUUUGCAUCCGCCGUCCGCGCCGGGGUAUGCGGCCCAUAUGUUGCAGUCGUUCCAGCAGAUGGUCGGACGGCCCGAGAUGGUAUUCCGUGGGGUGCAGGAGCCCGCGUUGCGGGCGAUCCAGCAGGGGGUCAGCCCGGUCGUGGCGGUGAUGCCCACCGGGGGGGCAAGAGCAUAUUAUUCAUGUUACCCGCGUGGGUCGGGGGUGGAUUGACGGUGGUGGUCGUCCCGUUGAUCGCGUUACGCCAGGAUAUGGUCCAGCGGUGCGAGCAGUUGGGGAUAUCAUGCGUGCCGUACGACCGCCAGCGGCCCCCGGACGAAGCGUCGAUCGUGUUGGUCACCCCCGAGAGCACCCGCAGCCAGGGGUUCCGGACGUUUUUGAACCGGCAGCGGAUGUUGCAGCGGUUGGAGCGGAUCGUGAUCGAUGAGUGCCACGUCGUGUUGAAUCAUCAAGAUGAUUUCCGGCCCCAGUUGCAGAUGAUGGGGGAGUUGCGGGCCGCCAAGACGCAGAUGGUCAUGUUGACGGCCACGUUACCCCCGGCGGCCGAGCCCACGUUAUUAUACCGGAUGGGGUGGCCCCGGGAGCAGGUGGCCAUAUACCGGGCCCGCACGCACCGGCCCAACGUGGCAUACCGGGUAUGGUGCCCGGAGGUGGAGGCGGGGUACGAUCACCCAUCCCAGUGGAUCCAGAUGGACGGGGUGAUCCAGUUUAUCCAGGAGCGGGUCCAGCGGGCCCACCCCGGACGGGUGAUCGUAUAUGGGAGUAUCGUGGCGCACGUCCGGAUGAUGGCGGACCAGUUAGGGUGUGACGCAUAUUUCAGCCAGCAGCACGAUCAAGAUGGGGUGUUAGCCCGGUUCCGUACGACGGCGGGGGCGGUGAUCGUGGCCACCAACGCGUUAGGCAUGGGGAUCGACAUUCCGGACAUCCGCAGCGUGAUCCAUUUGGGGCAGCCCCGUACGAUAUUGGAUUACGCGCAGGAGAGCGGGCGUGCGGGGCGUGACGGGUUGCCGAGUGAGGCGAUCAUCAUUCAGCCGGAGGGGCAGCGGGUGGGAUAUCAGCAGCGUCCAGCAUGGAUGCCCGAGUCCGCGGAGGAGCAGCAGCGGGUGCAGCAGUAUAUGUUGCCGUUGGACGCGGGGGGUGGAUGCCGGCGGGUGAUAUUAGAUGAAUAUUUAGAUGGGCAUGUCCGGCCGGGGUGUACGGACGACGAAUCGGCAUGUGAUGGGUGUGAUCGGGGGUGGUAUCCACGUGAGACGGAUAUCGGUGACGAGAUGGAGAGCAGCACGCCGGACGGGCAUACCAGGGUACCCAGAGUGCAGACGUCCGGGGAAGAGAGCCCCAGCGAGAGGUCCCGCGAGAGGUCCCGCGAGAGGUCCCGCGAGAGGUCCCGCGAGAGGUCCAGCGAGAGGUCCAGCGAGAGGAGAGAACGCAGGGCAGGGGUCCCGGGAGAGGGCCCGUCCAUCCCCAUGGCCGUCCGACAUGAGUUCCGGCGGCAGGACAUCCAGCGGGCCCAGUUGUCCAGCCAACGACCCGAGGCCAGGCAGGACCAGAUCCAGAGAGAUAUGUAUUUCCAGAGUGAGAUCGGACGGUGGUUGAUGCGGUGUUGGUCGUGUGCGCAGGAGGGGAGGGAUGACGGACAUGAGUUGUUUCGGUGUCCGUGGGGGUAUAAUAUCGAGGCCAAGGCGUGGUGGAAGCGGAUGCGUGCGUUUGAUGGGAUCCGUUACCAGGAUUACAGCGCGCAUUUCCGGUGUGGGAUGCCGCAGUCGAUAUGCCCGCAGGGGGAUCCCAGCAAAGCGAUAUCCCGUACGACGGAGGCGCAGCAGAGAUGUGAGCAAUACCGGCACACAUUGUUACCGAUGGUGGCGAUGAUGUUGUUCAGCCAGAAAACGCAUGCGGAGAUCCGUACGGCGUGGGAUCGACGGUUACAGUAUGUCGGGGUGGAUAGUACGGAUGAGGAGCAGUUAAAGCGGUAUUUUGGGGGUAUGGCAGAAGAGAUUGCAUGCCAGCAGUCCCGGUUAGUACAGGAGUUCAUUUGGUGUCGAAGGAUUUAUCAGGGGCAUGAAGUCGAGUAG